AUGGCGGAGCAGGGGCUCAUUCCGGGGGCGCUGCACGCGCCGUGGCAGGGCCGCGCAGCCCCGCCCGCCGCCGCGUGCACGCAGGAGCGCCCCGACACCGCGCAGGCCCGCGACCAGGCGCACGAGCUGCUCCGCGACCCAGGGAUGCUCCUGCGGGACAGCAUCUCCGCGAGCCAGUCCAUGGCGGAGACCCGCCUGCGUCUGAUGGCCGAGGUAGCCGGCCACCGCAUCACGCCCCAGUUCCCAGCGGGGAGCGACGCGGAGCAGGAGCGCACGGCCCGCGCGCGCAUCCGGUCGAGCGGGCUCACGGCCCCGCCGUCGAUCAUUCUCCCCGCGUGGGCGCGCCCGCCGGGCGGCAGACCGCAGCAUCGCGCGGCACCACCCCCGCCGCCGCCGCCCGCCCCGCCGCCGCCGCCGCCGCCGCCGGGGCGCAACGAGGCUCCCCCUGCGCGAAGGCCCCCGCCGCCGCCCGGACUCGAGGCGGGGGGGUCGACGGUGUACGACGGCGACGACAACGUCGCACCUUUUCUGUCGUCGGGGUCCGAGCAGGCGCGCAUGGAGGAGGACGACGUCGCGGAGGCGCCCCCGCGCCUGGGGGGAUCGAGCGGGCUGUACUCGUGA